AUGCCGGACAAACGCGCUCUGGACGCGCGCGAUGGGCCGGCCGCGCCCACCAAGCGGCUGGCCCAAUACAAUGACACCGACUCCGCACCAGACGCGAUACUAGGCUCGCUCAAGCACCCGCGCAUGACGGGCAUACCCGCAGGCACGUCGCCGUACACUGCGUCACCGCCAUUCCAGCAGCCGACGCCUCUGUGUUCGUUUUCGUUUGACGAGCAGCGCCGGCUGUGGCAGGACGACCGAUGCAAGCGCUUCUACCGCGGUCCUCCCGCCUAUACCAACCGACACCCGGUGCAGACACGCGCACCAGCCGUGUUCGGCGCCGACCUGAACUGCGCCAUGGAUCGGUAUGUGCAGCGCGACGAGUCGGUGCCGGAGCAUCUGGACGCGCUCGUAGCAGCACUGCAGCAUCGGACCGAGACAGCUUCGGCGGAAGUGCGCGACGAGGUGGACCAGGAACGACGACGCGCCGGUGUGGUGACCUGGCGCGGGAUCAUCACCAAGAUCUGUACGGCGUACGAGCAGAGUGCGUCGGCGCGCUUUGCGGAUCCGCUCGACCUGAACGCCAUGAUGGUCGACGGCACGCUGUAUCUGGAAGAGCACGUGUCUGCAUCGGCGCGUGCCGAGAAGCAGCGCAAAGAGGCCGACCCGACGAUGAAGCGUUUCGCAUACUACGGCUAUGCGUUCGAGAGCUACUGCACCGUCGACGACCCAGCCCAAGUCUCCCGCCCGCGUUCGAACGAUGGCGAACCGGAGGGGUGGUCUGGCGACGUGAACACCAACGUGCAGUGGUGUAGCGUGGUCAAGACCAAGCUCGGCUCGAACCGGCUCAUCAUUGGUGGCGAGGUGGAUGCCGUUCUUCCGAGCCACGGGAGGGAGGAGAUGGUGGAGCUCAAGACGUCGAUGCAGAUCACAUCCGCGCACCGCAACGCGGCCAAGGCGGCGGUGGAGCAGGAGCGGUUUGAAAAGAAGCUGCUCAAGUUCUUUCUGCAGAGCUAUCUGCUCGGCAUCGGCAAGAUCGUGGUGGGAUUUCGCGAUUUCCACGGCCUGCUUACGACGCAUCAGGAGUUUGAGACGCUGCGCAUUCCGCGUAUGGUUCGUGCAGGGCAGCCUGUGCCCGGCCAGUUCAACGCUGGAGGUCAGCCGGUGAUGCGCGAGCGAUCCGUGUGGGAAGCCAAGGAUACGCUCGGGUUUGGCGACCAGAUCCUCUCGUUCAUCCGCGACGUGGUUUCCAAGCACACUGCCUCCUCACCACCCGCCGACGACGUCAAGGGCAAGAUCGAGCACGCUGUGUUCCGAGUCACCUUCCAUGCGCCGUUUGAGCACGUCGAGAUCCGCGCGCUGAGCCAGUCGGAGGUGCACGACGAGGUGCAAGACAAGCGCCAGUCGGGCGACCGCGUCGGCUUCCUCCCACGCCGCUUCUACGAAUUUGUGCUUGCGCGUGCGCGUGCGCGUCACUCUGAAGAGGAGUAA